CCAGAACUUCGUCAACAAGACACGGCUGACGCAGGGAAUGAUUAACUUCUGCGUGAUCGUGUAUAUGGACGACAUCCUGGUCUAUUCGGAGACCUAUCACGGACACGCGCAACACAUCGAAUGGACAUUGAGUGCAUUAAGAGACGCUGGGUUCAAGAUUGCGCUUGAGAAGAGCGAAUUUUUCCUCUCGGAAAUUUCGUUCCUGGGCUAUAUCGUGACACGUGGAGGAUUGCGGCCAGACUCGAGAAAAGUCGCGGCGGUGAAGGAAGCUCCGGUUCCCACGUCACUGACGCAGGUUCGAGCCUUCUUGGGAUUGACGUCGUUCUACCGACGUUUCAUCAAGGGCUUUGCCGCGAUUGCACGACCACUAACGAAUCUGUUGCGGAAGGACCAGCCCCUCAGCUGGGACGCGGAGUGCCAGCAGGCUUUUGCAACUCUCAAGGACGCUCUGGCAAUGGCCCCUAUUUUGAUCCGACCGGACCCCUCGAAACAGUUCAUUCUCAUUACGGACUGGCAACCGGAAGCUAUUUCCGCUAUUUUAGCACAGAAGGGGAACGAUGGUCGCGAACACGUCAUCGAGUACGCGUCACGAACCAUACCGGACGAACGAAGAAACGACUCCGCACCUCAGGAACUUUCACUGUGCUUGGUCGAAGUACGGCUGACGUGGAUCGAGGACGAAGCGCACCCGCCUUGCAUAGAGCGGCUGGAGUUGCUGUUUAUCCAAGCCUGGCGCACCAACGUGGAGGGAGAGCUCCUCGCAUUCUUAUCCGGUGCAGUACGGCUCGACCAUCAGGAACUUAUCACGCAAGAGCUCACGAUCCCGGUAGCGCAGCUGGCGGACAACCUCCCUCUUGACAUCAUCUCGCAAGACGACGAGCAUCCAGUUCCCCAUGUCCUUUCUCGCACCUUGACACCUCAUCUUCAGUGGUCGGCUUGCGUAGAAGGAGCCGCGGAAUGCAUCCCGCCGUUGCAGCGACAACAUUUGGAUCCCCGGGCGAUUCGUGACCCUGCCUUCUUCAGCCAGCCUACGACGAAACAGUUUGCUGCCAUUCGGGAAGAAGAGGAGGAGGAGGAGAGUACCGGGAGCGACGAAAACGAAGGCGGGCUGGAAGAAAGCGGGGGUAGCGAAGAAGUAUCCGGAGAAAACGAAACCCUCGAAGAAGGAAGUUAUAGCGAGCACAGCGAGGGGGAACCGAGCGAAGAAGAAGAAGAAGACGAGGAGGAAGACAAAGGGCACGAAGAAGAAUCUGUUGGAUCAGAGUGGGAAGCCGUGCCGGAAGAAGCGCUGCGCACAGGUACAGAGGCAGAAGAUCCCGAGGCGGCCCGUAAAAGGGAAGAGAUCGCUGCCGAGAAGGAGUUAGAACUCGCAAGCGCGGCGAGUCUGCAGAUCUGCGACGAACCGAACCGUGAUCUGGAACCGCCCCGACCUGAAGAUGGUGACCUCGCGGCCACGACUCCGGCCUCAUCGGCACGGCAGCGAAGCCGAUCCCCCUCCUUCCCAACCCGUCCCCCAGUUCGCCGAUGUACCGAUACGGGCGAUCGGCCUUCGUCCCCGAUCACUCUCUCGUCGUCCCCUUGAAUACCUCACCCUUCGCCAGCUCACUACCCCCGUUACGUUCCCCUCCAAUCCAUUCCCCCGCAGUACCUUCCGC